AUGACAUUGAUUGUUGGUGGUGUUUUGUCUGUAACUGGAAAGAUGAGUUUAGCAGCAGCUGAAGUUAUGGUGCAUCAACUUGCUGAGUUGAUACAUUACCAGAGCACAAAAAUUUUUAAAGGUGAAGGCCGCUUGAAUCUUUCCACUCAAACUCUGGUGUUCCUGAACCAAGCAAUGAAAGAACAGUACCAUACAAACUUUGGCAAUGAAAAUGAAAUGAUACUUACUCUUGAUCAAAAACGGAAAUUAAAUACCGUGAAAGAUGAUAUUCAUUUUGUCACUGAAGUCCUUGUUCAUACCACAUCAUUGAAGCUGUAUCACCAAUCACAUUCAAUUCCUGGCCCUUUGGACAUUGGAAUGUUCAAUUACCUCACAGAAAUUGAUAUCAAUCGUGUUCCCAUUCACAUGAUCCAAGGACUUCAAAAGUUGAGGAUAACUUUGCAGCAUAUCACUAUAAAUAGGAGUUUACAAUCUGUCAAGUUAUUGUUUGAAAAAUGUGGUGGUGAUAUGAGUGUUCCUGUUUCGUGGCAAAAAUUGGAGUCUGCAAACCUUAGCCAAAACAGCAUUCAAGAAUUAGAUUCUUCUUUGAGUCUACUGCCCAUGUUAAAAUUUCUUGAUCUAAGUCACAACAAUCUGAAAACAACUGGCAGAUAUUUAGAAAAUUUAUUGUAUAUAGAACGACUCAAUUUAGCCUUCAACCACCUCACUGGCUUACCAUCAUUGUCUUUCCAUACAAAAUCCUCCUUAACUUCUUUGAUUUUGAGAAACAACUCCCUGUAUAAUUUAGAUGGUGUUGAAGAAUUGGGACACUUAGUUGAAUUGGAUGUUUCUGGGAAUUUGCUCUCUGACCAUUCUUGCCUUGCUGUCAUUUCAGGGAUGCAUCGGCUCAAGAAAUUGUCAUUGUUUGAUAAUCCCAUGACCUACAGGGCAGAUCAUCGGACAAAAGCUGUGGGUCACAUAUCCCCACUAGUGAAUGGUAAUGGGAUUGUCUUAGAUGGCAAGUCUUUAACCUAUUCUGAAUUGAAGGUAACAAUUCAAAGAAACAAGAUUACAAAAAGUGCAUCAUUUUACUUUCGGCCUCAAAUGGAAUCAAGUCACACAAUUUGUGAUUCUGGAAUUUCUGAUUUGAACUGUGAAGAAGAACCGAUUGCUGAACCAGUUAAAAAGAAGAGAACUCAGUGUAAGAAGACAUGCAGAAGUGGCAAAAUAAACAGUGAACGUAAUUCCCCUAUUCCACAAUUAUCUACUGGCAGUGACAGUUCCAGAACAUCAUCUCCUCAAGGUUCUGUAACAUCCAUGAGCAUUCGGGAAAUUGAACAAUUAAGAGUGUACCAUGGAGACAACUGGUUACAACAAUAUGAGAACCUGAGGGAAAACAGGGAGGGUUCUACAAAUAGUCCAGAGCAGAGCAACUAUGAAGAAUCGGAUCAACCCCCAAGUCCUGCAGAAGAAGAAGCAAUGGCUGAAGAUGUUAAAGGAGAACCCUAUCUUGGCAUCAAGGAACCACUUCUAGAAGAUAAUAAGAAAACUCAAAAUAAUUGUGAAACUGCUGAAAAAAAGGCAGAAUCAGAUGAUGAACAAUCAGAUGAGGUGUCUAUCCUUUCUCAUGAGAGUUCAGAGCACAACACUGAAUCUGAAAACAAUGGAAUCAUAUCUGAUGAAAUAGAUUCUGAUAUCAAGAGAAUGUCAACUAUAGAAUUUCAUUAUGGAAUGGAAACUGAACCUUUUAUUGUGAAACGGAGUCUGGAUGAAGAUGCAGAAGAAAUUUUUGUGUCUACUGAUGAACGGUUCCUUAUUGAAAAAGAUCUGCAGGGAUGUCAACUUGAUAGGUUAGACAUGAAAUGUGUAACUUACAUGUCUCUCCUCAAAAAAAAGGGUCAGACAGUUAUUAAACUCAAGUUUAAUUAUGUCAAAUCAAACCGAAGAGAAAGAACUUAUGUUAUGAUUGAUGAAAAUGAAGCUGAUGAAUUGGGAAAAAUAAUUUCACCCUUUGUGGAGGAACAUCAGAUGAAGGUGAACAAAAAAGAAACUCAUCAUCUGAUGUGCUUGAAAUGCUCACAUAAUUUUACCAAAAUUGAGGAUGCUGCCCCAUCAACACUUAUGUCCGGAGGUACACCAAAAAAAACAAAAGAUAUCUGUCCAAAAUGCCAAAGUAACAAUGUCGUUUGUCAGCCAGCUGGUUCUGUCAGAAGAGAGGAACUCCCUCAGAAAUCUUCAGUUUUGGCGCUGUUUUCUUUUGGAAGUAACCCCUCCUCCGGUUCGACCACGCCAGUAAAUGACGCAUCACCCCUCUUACGACGUAAGGGUGCCAUCUCAAGACACAGGAAGCAUCUCACACCAAAAGAUAUGAAUUCCAUCACUCCUUACUCAGAUGAUUCCAAGUCUUUACAAAAUUGGUCUCAGUCAGCAGAGAAUAUCAGUCAGAUAUUUGUUGAAGAUUCACCAGACAAAAUACGUCCAGCAAGUUUCAACUUGGAGGCUACCCAAACUUGGUCAGAGACCCAGGAUAGCCUUAAUGCAGUCAAGAAAGAAGAAGUGGACAAAGAUCUUGAAGUGCUGAAAAACCCUGAAUCAGAAAAGACAUCAAUAUUACAACUUGCCUGUGAGAAAGUUCUGAAAGAGAACGUGCACUCAUAUGCAAUAAAUGUGCAGAAACGAAAAGGUUUCUACCUUAAUAGCAGCCCCAACUUGAGUUUGACUCCACCUGACUCAUUUCUCACCAGCAAUGUCUGCCACAGUAUGGUGUCCAGUGUUUACAAGCAUACACUUCAACCCACAAGCACAACCGAGGGUGACGUCCCCAGAAUUUCAGUCGAGGAGUUUGGCAUUUGUUCAAAACCAGUUGAUGAAAAUGAGGACGAACAGGAUGAAUGUGAUUCUCGGACAGAUAAGGAAAGUUCUAUUCAGCCUAUUGAUGAGACAGUGGAUGUCGCUUCUCACCCAGCUCAUGAUGUGACAGCUGAUAUGGUUUCUCUGUCUGACUCCACGGACACCAACUCGGACAUUACUGCCCUCAGUGAAUCCGUUGACCCAGAGGUGCACAAGGAAUUUAGUGAUAUUGCUUGCAUCCAUUUGGAUCAUCAGAUUCAUUUAUUCCUGGUCAUGAAACAUUUCCAACAUGCAGAACGAUAUACAUUCAGCAUAAAGAGUCCAGUUGUGCAGCAUAUUGUUGGGGAAUACAGCAGCCUGUUGGUUCUCUCAACGGUGAAUAUCUUCAUAUUUACAAUGAAAGGACCCAAUCCCAGUGAAAAUCCAGAAAUGUUUGUCAAAUUAAAAAGCAAACAUGCUAUAACAGAACUGAAAUAUAUCGACAUUGGCCUUGGUUAUCAGAGUUUUCGUCUUGAAUUUGAUGCUGAAUGUGGAAGCUACUCCUUUCUGGUGAAAGAUGAGCAUGUUGUUCGUAAAUUUGUUAGCACUGUUGUGGAAAUCUCACAGAAGUUUGUGAAUCUUGACCAGAUGGGGCCAGUUAAAGUUGGUCAGUACCAUCAUGAAACAAUUGAAAAUAUUCGACAACUACUGCAUAGGAAUGACUGCAGUGAAAAUGUGGGCAUAGAUGUGGAACAUCCUGAGAAGAGUUUGACAACUUAUUUGAUGGCUACACAAUUGAAAGAUGAAAAAGGUGAACAGAAGUUACCUGUUUCUGUAGCAGUGCUUGGUACACUGCUCUACCUGCUGAUUGAAAACCACCAAUGGCCAAUGCCAAGACUGCAACCAAAAAUGCCUUACGAUAAUGUAGGACACCAGUUCCUUGUUCUUGACAAGCAGAACAUUCUGGAUAUUACAAGUUUGAAAAUUUGGAAGAACAAUGAUAAACGUUUAAGAUUGACUUUCCUGAAUGAAAUAUCUGGUUUCUGUCAAAAGUCCUUGGGAAGCAAAAUACAAAGUAGACUUGGAGGUGGUUCUUGUGAGUUAAAACUAAUUGAUAAUUCUUGUGACAAAAACUCCCAACAAACCAAUGUCUUUCAAAGAAAAUACAAAGGCUUUAUUUUUAUAAAAAAGAAAACAAAAAAAUGA